AUGGCUAUCCAGAAAAUCGUUGUAAUUGGAUCAACCAACGUGCACCAUGUCACGCCAGAGUUUACCCCUUCAUCCUUAGUACAGGCCUUCGCAGGCCAGGAUCUACCGAUCAAUACAAUGUUCGGUGGAGAUAUAGAUAUGCAGAUGCAUAUCAUUGAUGCGGCCGCCGCUACAGGCGUGACGCGAUUCAUGCCGCACCAAUUUGGCCACAAACACAUUGAACAGAGAGAUCCAAAAGAGUGUAGCCAAGUACGCAGGACGGUUCAAGCGCUACCUUUCAUGGUAUCGGCACAGAACCAUUUGCGGUAUCUAGCUUGCAAAAGAGUGGGACGUGCGGUUGCUUGCAUCAUCGAGCACUGGGAUGAACUCAAAAUCACUACCUCUACGCCAGCGGUGCCAUUACAUCAGCCAACGUGCCGCGAGUGUACAGUUGGGAAUUACGAUGUGGAAGAGUGCACAAGAAAAGGGGAGGCAAGAACCGCAAAAGGAUUUCCUGAUUCUGGCAUGUUCUUGUUGGAUCGUAGUAUCCUAUACGAUGAGCUACUAAACGCUUCGGGUCCAUUUAUAUCAAAAAGCGCCAACAGAGUCCUGGGGUUAUCUGCGGAAUCAGUGAAUGAGAUUGUACAGAACGCUUCCCAUGAUCCAAACCAUCAUGGGAAGCCGGGCUGUGGUUGUUCAGCAUAA